CUGCUCCUGCUGCAGCUGCUAACUGCAGCUGCAGUCGUCUUUGGAAUCUUUCGGCAGAACGCAGAGCGAACAGAAAUCGAAGAUGAAAGUAGCUGUAGUCGGCGGUGGAAUAAUUGGUUUGACUACUGCCCUGCAAUUAAAAAAUGAAUUGCGUAACGUCGAGUUGACUAUUUUUGCGUCUGAUUUUGAUGAUACGGUUAGUCACGUGGCUGCUGGCUUGUUUAGAAUCGGUUCGUCUUAUUCCGGGCCAACGGAGCAAGUGACAAGGGAAUGGAUUCGAGAUUCGUACGAAUAUUACGAUGAUAUCCGGAAAUAUGUAGAUGCUUCCAUUGCUGGUGUAACAAGCAUUUCGGGCUAUUUGUUUGCCAAUUCCUCUCCAGACACUGUCAAAAAUCGUUGGAUGGAGAACUUGGUACCGAUAUACAGAAGAGUCAAAGACGAAGAGUUUCGAUUAGUAGAGGGUAAUUGGAAAUACGGAUCAUUCUUUAGGACUCUGAUCACCGAAUGUAAUUUGCAUCUACCAUGGGCACGUGAGAAAUUGAACGAAAAUGGGGUGAAACUGAAGACGAUGAAAAUAGAUUCACUGAAAGAACUCGCGUCCCAUUGGGAUUUGAUUAUGAACUGCACAGGUCUCGGUGCACGCUCCUUGUGCAAUGAUAAAUAUCUCGUUGCUAUGCGAGGCCAAGUGCUCAAGGUGAAAGCGCCGUGGGUAAAAACGUUUUUUUACGGAGAAUUGGAUACUUACAUUAUACCAGGCUUCAAUGGUAUGGUCACUCUUGGUGGCUCCAGAAAUUUCGAUUGCGAGAAUACAAAAGUUUGCCCUCACGAGUCUGCGGCGAUUAGUGAGAGGUGCAGAGGUCUGUUACCGGGUGUCAUCGGGAAAGGUGAAGUCGUGCAAGAAUUGGUUGGAUUGAGACCGCACAGGGAGAGAAACGUCCGAGUGGAAGCCGAAUGGAUCUUCAAUGGAUCUUCCAAAGCAAUCUUGGUUCAUAAUUAUGGCCACGGUGGAUACGGAGUGUGCACCGCACCAGGGACUUCCAAAUACGCGGUUAAACUAGCCAGAGAGAUGCAUAAAUCCUCCGUGGCGAAAUUGUAGAAGGAAACCUGAACCGGAAGGAUAUUGUGUUCGGUGAGAGAAGAACCGAAUAUAUACGCAGUUAUACUUGUAAUUAAUCGUAAAUCUUCAGUUAUUCUCGUCA